AUGUCUAUGUCACCCCUGGGUACGGUUGCCAUGUCUCCACCUCAAGAACAAGUAUCUUCGGGUAAUUCCACUUCAAGCCCCGCAGCUGGAGGUAGCAAUCGUCAAAUAAAGAAAAGAAAUAGAAUCUCAUUUGUAUGUCAGGAGUGCAGAAAGGCCAAGACUAAAUGUGAUAAAGAGAAGCCUGCCUGUACGAGGUGUGUUAAACAGAAUUUAGCAUGUGUUUAUGACGUGGCGAAACAACCUCCUCCAAGAAUACCAAGUAAGGAUGCCAAGAUUACGAGAUUAGAGAAUGAUGUGGAAUAUUGGAAAAAUAAAGCUAUGAAAUUACUGGAGGAAAAGGAACAGACGAAUGGGAAAUCUAAUGGGUUCAAAAGAAGUUCUUCCUAUGUGAAAGAGGAAGAAUUAGAUAGAGUCGAUAAUCAAACGAUAGAUAAACGAUUGAAAACUCAAUCUACAGUUCCAUUGCAAAAGGCAACCCAUGCAACGAAGGAUGAUAUCAUGGUGAACUUAUAUAAAAACAAUCCCACUAUGAUCAUGAGUAAAGUGAUGAAGAGAGAAGUUAAACCUCUUUCCGAGAAUUAUAUUCUUAUUCAAGAUAAGUUUAUUUCCACUCUAAUUUCGUCCGUAUUUCUAGACCCUUCUAAAAAUACAAUGAUUCCAGCCUUAACUGCAAAUGCAAAUAUUUCAAGAACCCAGCCGAGUGUGACAACGAACGCAUUGAAAUUGAAGGAAAUCUUAGUGAAACAAUGUCAAAAUCCAUCACAAGAGGCAAAGGUCAACGAAUUUACGGAUCGAAUACUACAAAAUACAAAUUCAACUAGGAAUCUAAAAGUGGGGAUGAUUCUUUCUAUGCUUUAUAAUACUGUGGGUCACCAACACCUUGAGGAUCAUUGUCCCGCUGAUGGUGAAUAUUCAGAGCUUCUGAAAACAUUUAUUAAUGAAUUUGAACAGAUUCUACCACCUUAUGAGAUUAUAAUGAAGUAUAAGGCAUUCUUUGCAGAAUAUGUUUAUCCCAAUUUACCUUUUAUGGAACAAGAAAUGUUUGAAGAAUCAAUAGCUACUACCAUUUUCCCCAAUGAAGAAGAUCCAACUAAAAUAAAGAUAAAAUUAGGAAAUACAAGACUAAGAUCUAAAGUUGAAAACAUGUGUAUGUUGCUGGUAAUUUUGAAAUUGGCAUACAUUUCUAUAAGUUUGGUGGAAGAAAUUCCUCAGGAUGACAACUUGCAAUUUACCAAGGAUAUAAUAGUUAAAUAUCCAAUUCCUAAUGAUGCAAUUUUACUCGCCCAACGUUGUCUCGCUUCUGAAGAUUGGUGUGCAUGUGCUAACGAAAACAUUAUCACUUGUUUGCUAUAUAUAUGGUCAUUUUUUGUAUUCUCACCGGAAGAAGGUGAUUUCUUUUUAGAACAUCCCACCGAUGUAAUUGGCAGCUUAAUAAUGAUGCUGGCAACUUCCAUUGGGUUACAUAGAGAUCCAUCUGAUUUUCCACAGUUACAGGAUCCAAAUUUGUCAGAUAGAAGGAUAUUAAAUCAUAGAAGGUUGUUGUGGAUUGGCAUUGUGACCGUGUGUUCAUUUGAAUCUAGUUUGAAAGGGAGACAUUCAGUAUCAUCGAUGGCAUUGAUGGAUUUGUUUAUUGACGUAAAGGAUCCAGCCGCUGCUGAGAAAUAUAUUGCCCGAGUAAAGGCUGAUGCAAAACCAACAAUGGAUGAAAGAUUAAUCAGUAUACAUGAAUAUUCUUUCAAAAGGGUAAGACUGGCAUUAUUAUUAUCGGAUCUGGAUAAUUUGACUAUGUCAUACAACAAUGACUUUCCCUUGAGCGCAAUUGAUAAUCUGGCAGAAACCACUCGUACUUUCAUUGAGACCAAUUUUCCAAUAAUAAAUCUAAAGGAAAUAAAUAUUAGCAAAGAACAAACACCUGAAAGCCUAAAGUCACAUUUACUUUUUUUGGCAACUAUAAACUCCACGUCUAUUCAUAGCCGAAUUAUGUUUAGAUUAAUGAUGUUAAGAACAGCGGCCGCAUUAUUCCUAUAUUUUGAAUCUGAAAUGGCAAAGAAUAAAAGUUCAUCAUUACUGCCUUACUACUAUAAAUACUUCACAAAAACAUGCACAUAUGCAUUGGCAUUGAUUACUGAUUUUAAUAAAUUCUUCAAGGGAGAAUAUGAUGAUUGUUUGUCUCCUUUAACCACAUAUAAUAUCACGAAGUUUAUUCAGUUAGCUCUGCCAAGUACCAUCUUUAGCUUGUUAGGUAUUAUCUUGAGGAUAAGUCUAGGUGGUAAUAUGUUAUUUUCAGAAUAUCAGGAAUAUCCAAACAAGGAAGACUAUGCUGCAUUAGAUGAAAUAAAUAAAAGAAUAGAAAGCUUAAAUGCUCUCCAUAAGGAUUUAGAAAGUGCAUUAGAGAAUAUCCAUAUCUUAGCAUCUCAGCACUUGCGAUUUACUUUCUUCUCCGUGUUCAAGAUGCUUGCAUUAUGCGAUGUAAUAAUACAAAGAAUGAGAAAGGGGGAAUUGUGGCUUGGUAUAUUUGAAAUGGUUCACAUGAGACAUAUUCAUCAGAGAAUUGUCAAAACGUUGACCAUGACAAUUGGUUUUGAAGCAGAUAAAAAGGAAAGUUUAAUAGAUGAUCUUAAGUUAAAAAACCAUAUUGUACAAUUCAGUAUGAAUGAUAUCACAAACCUAAGGCAAAAUGUAAUUGAUGCAUCAUUAGGUGUUCAAGGAUACGGAAACAAACCACCCUCCCAACCGUCUAGUUCAGAAACAUCAGUACCGUUAGCUCAACCAGUAGCUACAAAAUAUUCAAAUCCUGUUUAUGAUUGGAAUUCAUCUUUAGGAAAUUUAGGCAAGCUUUCCACCGCAGCAUUAAUCAGUCAAAAUUCGACUCAAGUGAAUAACACUCCUAUCAAUGGCGGUCCCAAUAUGACUCCAACUCCACCUUUGAAUGGUGAGUCAAUUCCCCCACAGUUUGGACGUGGUGGUGUUGGUGCUGGCACAAACGGAUUACAAACGGAUUUCACUGGAUUCUUCGGCGGUUUGGAUUUGUUUGAUUAUGAUUUUCUAUUUGGAAACGACUUCACUUAG